CCUUUUGAAAAUUAAUUUUCUGAAGAUUCCUAGAGGAGCAAGGACUAUUAAAAAUGGACGAACAAACCGUAUCUCUCCUCUCAAGCUUUUACCUACUCUGAUCUCCUGCUUCCACUUGGUUUGAGAUGGACAGUUCUGAAGCAGAUUUAGAUAGAGUUGAGGCACAAAGGUCAACGGAUGUAUCUCGAGGUCAACGGAAACGAAGAUACUUUCUCGUGAGUCUGAUAAAGCGUGGAAUCUCACGCAUAUUCCGUUCACUGGGUCCCCUUCAAGAUGGAGUACAGUUGGGGUCCUACUCUGUGUCAAGACUCUUUAGUGAUUUCAGAUUGUCAGAUUUUUUUGCCUUUUCCGGUGUAUAUGUUCCCAUGAGUCCUGAGAUCUUUAGCGCAGUGAGUGAGGGUGAUGCUGAAUGUAUGACGAAAUUGAGAAGCAGCGUUACCCCAGCAGAAUGUCUCAGAAGCGAUCAAGGAGAUUCCGUUCUCCACCUUGCUGCUGCUGGGGGCCAUGUUGAAUUAGUGAAGACAAUAGCCUCUACAUGGCCAUUUCUUCUUAUGGAGCUUGAUUCGAAGGAUCAGCUUCCGCUUCAUGUGGCGGCUCGUGCACGUCAUGGAUCUGUUGUUAAUACUCUAAUUGAUAUAGUAACAUUUUUGUCAAACAAAAUGUCUGCUGCAAGGUCGGAACGCUUGAAUCCAUAUGUUCUGAAGAACAAAGAUGGAGAUACUGCUCUACACUUGGCCAUGAAAUGCCUGAAUGUAUAUUGUGUCAUUCCUCUAGGAGAAACAUACCCGCAAGCUUGGUUUCUUGCGAAUAACAAGGGAAUCUCUCCUUUGUUUAUAGCCGUACAAGAGGGAUUUACAGAAUUGGUGAAAUAUUUGUUGGAGAAUUUAGACAAUGAUGAAACAGAUUUGCAGUUGGAAGGAAGAAAAGAUCUUGUGCACGUUGCCUUGAAGGCCAGGAACACAGAUAUCAUUGAUUUUAUUUUAAAAAAGUAUCCCAGUCUGGAGAACGAACGAGAUGAAGAAGGAAUGACUUGUCUUUCAUUUGGAGCAUCCAUAGGAUUCUAUAAAGGAGUAUGCAACCUGUUAGACCGAUCAACAAGAGGUGUUUAUGAAUGCAACGAUGAUGGCUCUUUUCCAAUCCAUAUCGCUGUGCAGAAAUGUCACAUGGGAGUUGUUUUCGCAAUUCUAAUACGGUGUCCUAAUUCAAAACACCUGCUUAACAGGAAAGGUCAAAACAUUCUACACAUUGCAUCAAGGAGUGGGAAAGCAGCAUUUUUUCUUUCUGUUCUGCUCGAGAGAACUAGUAAGGUCCAACUGAUGGAGAAGCAAGAUAUAGAUGGGAAUACACCUCUGCACCUGGCUACCAUAUCGUGGCGCCCUCGUACUAUUUAUCUCCUUCUGUUUCAUUACAAGGGCAAAUGCAUGAACACAGUGAACAACGAUGGUCUAACAUCUAAUUUUUUUUUUCAACAGAAGGUGACACUGAUGGUGUUAUUAUACUUUUACACGUCAGCAAGACAAUCUACAUGGCUGAUGUUCAAGAAAAAGAUAACAAGACGAACAGAUCCACCUGCUGGUGACAAAAACAAAGACUACGUCAACACUCUUCUAGUGGUUGCAGCUCUUGUAGCAACCGUAACUUUUGCUGCUGGUUUUACAAUACCUGGUGGCUUUAACAGCUCUGAACCAAACCAAGGGUUGCCAACUCUAGCUGGCGACCGGAAACUCACCUACUUUAUGGUAUUUGACAUCCUGGCAAUGCAGAGCUCCAUCGUGACAAUAGCUACUCUAAUCUGGGCGCAGUUGGGUGAUCCAGCACUCGUUCACACAUCUUUAAAUGUGGCAUUGCCAUCACUGUUUUUCGCUCUUCUCUGCAUGCCGGUGGCCUUUUAUUUUGGCGUUUUUGUUGUUUUUGCUCGUGUUAAAGGGCUUGUGAUUUUCCUCGACGUUGCCUCUGCGGUCUUCAUCUUCCUAAUGCUCUUUCUUCUUGGCCCUCACGUUCUCCUACGUAUACCUGGCAUCCCUGCUGCCUUUGGUGCCUAUUUCGUGCUAUUUGUGUUGCUUGUCGAUGAUGACCACCAUGAGCAGGCUUCUACUGCAAAGAUCUCCAGUGAAGAGGCUUCUGCUGCAAAGAGCUCCAGUGAAGAGGCUUCGGCUGCAAAGAUCUCAGUGACAACAAAGAAAGUACUUACACGAAAGUCUGUUUCGUUCUAGUUUCGAUUUCCUUAUUGUGGUACGAUUUGCUAGUCUUUGUGACUUGAAUAAAAGUGUUUUGAUGUACUUCAAUCUGGAAACCAUUCUUUGUUUUAUUAUAUGGCCAAUGCUAUUGAGCAACAAUUACUGAAAGAACAAGGAGAUUAACUACAGAUUAAAACAAGGUAGCUGUAGCUGUUUCCUGCUUUAUUUGUUGUUUAAUUUUCAGAAUAUCUUAGCAGAUGAAGAAAAAACAUAUGAGGUAGAUUGGUACUAUGUAUAGCUUUUCAUGCGGUUAUGCUUUAGAUAAAAUCAUCAUGUUCUGAAGAUAUAGCAGAGUUACAAGCAUAAACUCAGCAUCCUUGAGGAGGUCAAGCAUAUCAUUAAGGAAGAGGAUUUAUUACUAAUGGUUUGAAAAUCAUCAUGUUCUGAUGAUUCCAGCUUCGACUGCAACAUAUGCCUUGACUCAGUGCAAGAACCCGUCGUCAAGCUGGUCUCUUGCAUUCCUUUGGUUCAAGAUUUAACCAGUCUUUAUCUCUAUGUUCUUUUGUGGUUUGUUAGUGAAGACGAUGAUGAGAAACAUCACAUCUCCAAGGGAGUCCAUGGGAUCCUCAAGCCGGGAUCAAGUUGAAAAGUUAAAAUUGUCU